UCGCUGCUGAGAGUGUUGUAGGCGCGAGGCAAUGCUAGUGAUCGAGAUAGUUGAAUAUCUAACAAACUCGUGUCAGGACAGCUAGGCUUUGUGUAGAUAGGUGCAGUAGCUCAUUACAGGCAGGAGCCUCUUCUGAUAAGUACUAUGGAUCCACCUCAAUUGCCUUGGCAAACCUUCGACGGUCAACAAACUUUGAAUCUCUCUACUGCUGCCGCGGCAGCCGCGUCGCAAUUCUAUAUGCAAGACUACAUCAACUCCGGUGGGUCGAGCUUCAACUCGUUUCAGCAGUUGCACAGCAACUACCCGUCUCUGCAGUCCGCCGAAAGCACUUCGACGACUCCGGCUUCGACAAGUUCCGUGUCACCGGGAACGAUUGCUUCCAUCGGAAGCAUAAGCUCUCUGGGUCUCCAAGCCGCUCAAAAACAGAACGGCGUCACCAAGCAGAAGAUCCAACGCAAACGCAAAAAAAAGGAUCCCAACGAGCCGCAAAAGCCCGUUUCGGCGUACGCCCUAUUUUUUAGAGAUACUCAAUCUCAUAUCAAGAGCCAGAAUCCCAAUGCAACGUUCGGGCAAAUCUCGAAGAUCGUCGCCAGUAUGUGGGAUCAACUGGACGCUGAUCGGAAAGAGGUCUACAAGAAGAAGACGGAAGCGGCGAAAAAGGAAUACUUGAAGGCGCUCGCCGCGUACCGCGCGUCGUUGGUUCAGAGUCCCCAGACUUCAACCAGUCCCCAAAAUCCGACCGCUCGAUCUCCUCUAUCAACGCCCUCAAUUUCUUCGUUCCAAUCCACAUUGGGACAGAAUUUCAACGCUAAUCUUAUGAACGGUCUGAACUCAUCGUUGGGCUUCUCGCAGAGCAACGGUAACCUCGCCACAAUGGCGAUGCCCAUGGCUAUGGGUGGUCAAGCGAUGGCCAAUCUGGCGAAUUUCUCGCAGAUGGGCUCACAGUGGACGCAGGAUUCCGCCAAACUCGGUUUCAGCGCUCAAAAUUGGCCUCCAGCGGCACACUCAAAUUCCAACAUGCACAGUGUGUAUCUGGGCACUCAAAUGCACGCACUCUCGAGCCAACUGGGCAUGGCGCCCUGGGAUCACCGGACUCGAUAAGCUUAUCUUGAAGAAAAAAAAAACUCAAACUCUCGUCUUCGUCGAAAUCGAUUGCGAAAAUCGCUCGAUGCAGAGAACGCGGAAAGACGGAUGAAAAAAGGGCGAUUACGGGAUGUUCACACAAUUGAAAGCCAAUUACUGACAACAGUCGCUGAGGUCGUGAGCUGCUUAGAGCCGCCGGGCAGUGCCGAAUUUUGUACAUAUAUUGAUGGUGAUGCAGCC